UUAUUUAAAGGGCAAGGAUGCAGGGUUCCCCUGCUCAGCUGUCAGUACUGCCAUGCAGCGACUACCCCCUCAGCUAGAUGUACGGAUGCCACCCAUGUCCAACCCUCAAACACAGCUGUAUGGGCUGCCACCUACUCUACUCCCAGAACCCUGGAUGCUGAUAAACAGCAGUACUGCCUUGGAGGACCUCUUUGGUGUGUCUUCCAGAUCACGUUUUCUUGGUGCUCCAGGGUUAGUGUCAGAGACAGAUUGCUACCAAAAUCAAAGUAUACCACAAAUAACAAGGUCCACAGUUUAUGAAUCCUCCUGUAAAGUGCAAAACCAUAGAGUGGAUGUAGUUAGUGUUGGUGUUGAUACAGAGUUGGAUCUCUUCGAUCUGGAUCAGUCAAGAAUCAGUUCCCCCAAGUUGCAUGGUUCUGCCCACCUUGAAACAGAUGAAGCUAUUUUACAGAGACGACAAAAGCAGAUAGACUAUGGCAAGAACACACUUGGUUAUCAACGCUAUAUUGAACAAGUCCCCAAGGAGCAGAGAAAGCCAGGAAUUCACCCUCGCAGCCCUAACAAAUACAAGAAAUACAGCCGGCGCUCAUGGGAUAUGCAAAUCAAACUCUGGAGGCGUGCACUUCAUGCAUGGGAUCCACCGUUAGAACUCUCAUUUGAAAAAGAAUGGAGUAAUUCCACAGAAAAACUACUAGAAUCGUGGUUUGGAUGCAAAGAACCAUUACAGAAUCUGACGCCUGAUCUAAUUAAUCUACAGUUAUCAAACCCGCGGCAUAUGGACUGUGCCCCUCACAUUCAUGGACCCUCUAAACCAUGCGAUUAUUUAUCUUUCCCUGUCAACACAGACGACUGGUAUUUUUCACAGUGGAAGAGGUUCUAGAUGAAUUAAUACUCAUUUAAGUCUAAUUGGAUUUCGGUUUAAAGAUUUUGUGGAGUGGUGCAGUACAUCAUUCAUUCAGUUUAUGGA